CAGUAGUGAGAAGCGAGAAGUGAGAAGCAAUAAAAAAACAAAAUCUUUGGUUUGCUUUGUUACUUUGAGCUCCAUAAUAACGUAAUACACGCACCAACUUCCACUCUCAUGGCUCUCACCAAUGCUUUUCUCGCUCCCUCCUUCGCCCUCCACAGUGGUAGGGUUUCCGAUCCGCGCUCCAUUCCUCUCCUCGCUCCUCCCUUCCACGCCUUAUUCCGCUCCCGAACCUCUUUCUCAAGGUCCAAGAACGUUCUAUAUGCUUCUGCUUAUGAUUUGAAUGCAGUUCAUUCAGCUUCAGCGAAAUCUGGUGACAAUCCUGAUGCUGUUCCUAUGCCAAUAGUUCUGAUUGAUCAAGACUCAGAUUCUGAAGCAACAAUUGUGCAGCUAAGCUUUGGUGAUCGCCUUGGAGCACUUAUUGACACGAUGAAGGCAUUAAAAGAUUUGGGAUUGGAUGUUUUGAAGGGUACUGUCUCCACAGAGGGAUUAGUCAAGCAAACGAAAUUUUUCAUUACACAGUCAGAUACUGGGCGCAAAGUUGAAGAUCCUGAUAUGUUAGAAAGAAUUCGACUUACCAUUAUUAACAAUCUGUUGAAAUAUCACCCUGAAUCCAGUGAACUACUAGCAAUGGGUGAAGUGUUUGGCUUAAAGGCUCCGAAGAAGAAGCUUGAUGAUCGUAUCACAACUCAUAUACAAGUUAAGGAAGAUGGGCCCAAGAGGAGCUUGCUGUAUAUAGAGACAGCAGACAGGCCGGGAUUGCUUGUUGAAAUCAUCAAAGUCAUUGCAGAUGUGAACAUUGAUGUUGAAUCAGCUGAGAUUGAUACAGAAGGUUUGAUUGCUAAGGAUAAAUUUCAUGUCAGUUAUGGCGGGGCAGCAUUGAGCAGUUCGAUGUCUCAGGUUUUGGUGAAUUGUCUGCGUUAUUACCUGCGGACGCCAGAGACAGAUAUUGAUAGUUACUGAAGGAACGACUUUUACUUGUAAAAUAAGCCAAUCUAAGGGUUCUUGUACCAAAUCGCCAGUGAGCUCGAGAUCACCAAGAAGUCAUAUCUCAAUUUUAAAUAUGGUAGCUUUACUGCUACCACAUUAUGAAAUGAGUACGUGUUGCCUAUGAAAUGAAUACCUGUAAACUAAUUAUGGAACGAAUACGUGAUGCCAAUGGUAUGUAUGGAUACCUUGAACUGACUGAUCAUCCGUUAAAUCAGACGUGAAAGCUAAAAAAUGGAAACAUGAAUUUUGCCUCAUUUCCUACA